AUGGCUUCUCGCUUGGACAAGGGCACGGGCCGCGCCGACCCCCUGCACCCGUCUCCCGCCCACCAUGAGCCACUCUCCAUCGCCCCUCAGGACUCGCAUGUCCCGCCCUCGAUCUCGCUCCAGCAGAUGAAGAAGUACCAGUACGCCCAGCCACACAUGCUCAAGGCCCACUCGAAACCGCCCAAACGCGCAAAGUCCGCCUUUGACAAGAAACUCGGACACCACCUCGCGCAUCUCUCGUCGUCGGCACAGGCGAGCGCGUCACUGAGCGCGUCCCACGACGACUUGCUGCUCCAGCACAACAAUGCUGGUGCACUCGAGGCGGAGACGGACUUGGAGCGGACGUGGAGGGUCACGCAGGACGAGAUUGUCGAUGCGAGUGCGGUCAGCGCCGAGAGCCAGGCGUUCAGUCUGCAGCUUGAUCAGUUCGGCCCAUACGACCUGAGCUACACCCGCAACGGCCGACACCUCGCCAUUGCCGGCCGCCUCGGUCACGUCGGCACCUUCGACGUCUCCUCCUCCUCCCUCCACUCCGAGCUGCACUUGAACGAAACAACCCGCGCCAUCACCUGGCUCCACGACGAAUCGUUCUACGCCGUCGCGCAGAAACGGUUCGUCUACAUCUACGACAAGCAGGGACUCGAAGUGCAUCAAUUGAGGAGCCAUGUCGAGGUCGAGGUGAUGCAGUUCUUGCCGUACCACUUCUUGCUGGCGACGAUCGGCCAACCGGGCUACCUCAAGUACCAGGACACCUCGACUGGCCAGCUCGUUGCCGAGCACCGCACGCGCCUCGGGUCCUGCAAGACGAUGGCGCAGAACCUGCACACAGCGAUGAUCCACCUCGGCCACCAAAACGGCACCGUGACGCUCUGGUCUCCCUCGGUCUCGCACGCGCAAGUCAAACUGCUCGCGCACAAGGCGCCUGUCACGAGUGUCGCGGUCGACCCGAGCAUGAUGGGACAUCGGAUGGCGACGACGGCGGCGGAUGGGACGGUCAAGGUUUGGGACGCGAGGAUGUGGAAGUGCUUGAAUGAGUAUGCGGUCAAGAAGACGCCCAAGGCGAGCCAGUGGAGCGGGAAGGGCAUGUUGGCGGUCGGAUGGGGUAAUCACGUCUCGGUCUACAACGACCUCUCCCGACCUUCUUCGUCCCCUCGCAUGCCCCCGCCACCAUACCUCACGCACCUCUUCCCCUCGACCCCCGUGCACGCCCUCUCCUUCCAACCCUUCACCGACGUCCUCACCGUCGGCCACUCGCGCGGAAUCUCCUCCCUCCUCGUCCCCGGAUCAGGCGAAGCAAACUUUGAUUCGCUCGAAGCCGAUCCGUUCGAGGGCAAGCGGAGGCGGAGGGAGCGCGAAGUCCAGGGCUUGUUGGACAAGGUUCCGAUGGACCUCAUCACGCUCGAUGCGGAUGUCGUUGGGCGCGUGGAUCGGGGUGUCCUACGCAAGGGGGAGAAGAAGGAUGUUCUUGCUCGUGAGGGGGCGACAAGUUUCGCCAAGAUGAGUCGCGCCGAGAGGUUGAAAGUUCAGGGCAAGGCGGCGCUCGAGGAGGACGAAGAGUUGAGUGAGGGUGAGGACGAGGACGAGGAGGAUGAGGAGUUGAGUCGGAGGAGGGAGAAGGCCGAGAAGAGGAUCGAGAAGGCUGAUGCGAAGAACCGCAUGAGGGGCAAGAGUUCGGGACUGAAGAAGGCGCUCAGGAAGAGGCGGAGGAACGUCAUUGACCCGCAGACGGUCGCGCUCAAGGCGAAGCUCGAACGGCAGCGCGAACUCAACAAGCAGGCAAAGGCGAACAAGGCUGCGAAGGAGGCCGCGCAGUCGGGCCAGGGCGGCGCGCUCGAGCGGUUCAAGUUCGCGUAG